CUUAGUUGUCUUUCAGAAGCAGUAGGCCUACAGUUAGUAAUUUCCCCUUUUAUAAAAUCAAAAGUAUUUUCCGAAAGAAAAGGUUAAAUUACUUGUACAGCUAAAACCAUAUUAGCUGUGAGUUUCAUAAGGAUGUAUGGCGUUCUCUGCGCACAGACAUGAUGUGCCAUACUUGAUGUAGGAAUAGUUAUUUGAGAUGUAGAUGUAUAGUACUUUCUAUGACCGUCUAGUUCGGGUUGGUCAGCGCUACUCCAGAAGUCACCUGUAGAUGUCGCCAAACUCAUUACUCAACCGACACAUAAAGUACCCUACGGGAUGUUUUUUUAAAGUUAGAAUAAAUGUACUCUUUAAAGCUGUUAUCGCAUUUAUAUCGUUCUUUUUGUUUGUAAGAACUUAAGUUGAAAGCAAAGUGUCACCUGUAAUUUCUUAGCAUUUGAAUCCGAUAGGACAGUCAGACCGUCGCUGAUGAUUUCGCAUUGCAAAUUCAACUGUGACUUGUAAAGUUACCGGGGAUAAGAGCAGGUUUGCAUAUGGGCGCCGCUCAUACACACUCGGAUACACCCAAUGUGUUCCCUGACCAGGGAAUGAGUGCUGUCUCUACCAACUGCGCGUUAAAUUAGCACAUUCCUUCUGCACUUGAAGUCGAUGUACGCCUCUGGGCACAACAACACUCACUAAAGUGCUUGACUUCACUCCUGUCAGAGGAAGACACGAUGGGAUGCGCUUCUAGCACUCAGACCACAGCUCAAGACACAACACGACCCAACACCAAACAGGAUGGGAGCACAUCAGGAACAAGUAAUGAAAAUGGUGGUCCUGCAGCAGAAAGUGAGACGAUUCCAGACCAAACCCAGGCUGAGGAAUCUCCACAGACAUGCAGUGCAGCUCCUGAUGCCUCGGAGGAAAUCCAGAGCUCUGCGGCUGCUGUAGCUCACAGUGAACCAGAAGCAGCUGCUGCUGAGGCCGUUACAUCUGACCAGCCUGCUGAACCUGAAUCCAGCCCCUCCACCACAGCUGAGAAUACCGACGAACCAGCACCGAGUGAAAACACAACUGAGGCCCAGGCUGAAUCUUCCCCACCAGAGGAAGCCCCUGCCUCUGGUGGAGAGGGUUAAGUGUGCAUCAUCUGACACAGUUACUACAGAGUCUAGACUCAACCACCUAUUUUCAGUAAAAUUAAGAUUUCAUACGCAUAGUUUAAACAUACAGUGGAACAUUAGCUUAUUUAUUAUAUAGAUAUUGCUUGUUCGUUGCCAAGAUAUAGACCAACUGGUCAUCAGAAACUCUGUGCCUGUCUUUAUAUAGAAAGAUUACAAACAUCCCACUCCAGUUAUAGUUUAGUGAAUUAUAAUAGCUGGCUUUAGCUAGAGAUUUCCUUUAAUAUUUAAUGGUGCCUAUUUGUGGCUUAACCCCUCUAUAAAAAAAUGCAAAAAGCCAAAGAGACUUUGAAAAAUUGUGGAAUGCUAUUUAUAUAAUUAUGUAAUAUUUGAACGAACUGAAAUAAAAUGUUACAUGCAUUGAAAA